CUGACCACCGAAAUCCUCCACACCAGCAGCAGAAAGUUAACCCCUUCCGCCAACUCUUUCUGAUAGCUCUCCUGCACAACCAUAUCGAACAAAUUGCUGAGCCGGUGCCUAUAUCUGAGCGUGAUUUAAAACCCAAACGCAGUUUCAUCAGCAGACCUCAGACGUCGCGCAGACUCGACAGCACUCAGUGACAACCCUGGCUGAAAAGAUGAAGAUGCACUCGGUGCUUUACUUGGGUCUUUUAUUCAGUAUCUGUUAUCAAACAAGUGCAGAAGACAAUAAGGUCCAGAGAUACGAUCCUUCCGAAUAUAACGAUUUACUGCAACUACUACAAGGCUGGACUCUGACAACGCCCUCUGCUUCCAUGACUACGUUACCUCCCUUGGACAAUCUAGGUGGCGCUGUUGUGCACAAGGGAUACCGGGAGUCGGGGGAUAUUGAAGGGGACCUGUAUCAACAGGAACCAAAAUCGGACAAUGGAGUCCCAGAAAACAAAGUGUCAUCUGAUAGUCUGGAUGAAGAUUAUUUCGAGCGAUUCCAGGACAAGUAUCCCUCUGAGAGUGAAUUUGACAAAGUUUCAGAGACAUAUAAUGACGAGGACCCCUCUGAUGACAAAGAAAAGCGAGUUUUGAAUAGUUUAGGUGGAUUUUCUUUGCAUGGCUAUAAAAGAGGACUUAGUUCCCUUGGAGGGCUAAAUCUUCAUAAUUUUGCUAAACGCGGACUAAACUCUCUUGGAGGAAUGUCUCUUCAUGAUUUCAAACGCGGACUGAGCAGUCUUGGGGGAAUGAGUCUCCACAAUUUCAACAAGAGGGGGUUAAAUUCUCUUGGUGGAUUUGGACUUCAUAAUUAUAAAAGAGCUCUUAGUUCUCUUGGUGGAUUCUCACUUCACGGCUAUAAGAGAGGACUCAGUUCCCUUGGAGGCAUGUCAUUGCACGGGGGCUUUAACAAACGAGGUCUUAGCAGUCUAGGCGGAAUGUCUCUUCAUGGCGGAUUUUCAAAACGAGGCCUAAGUUCCCUUGGCGGAAUGUCUCUUCAUGGCGGAUUUUCAAAACGAAGCUUAAGUUCCCUUGGCGGCAUGUCACUCCAUGGCGGAUUUUCAAAACGAGGCUUAAGUUCUCUUGGCGGCAUGUCGCUCCACGGUGGAUUUUCAAAACGAGGCUUAAGUUCUCUCGGUGGUAUGUCGCUCCACGGUGGAUUUUCAAAACGAGGCCUAAGUUCUCUCGGUGGUAUGUCGCUCCAUGGUGGAUUUUCAAAACGAGGCCUAAGUUCUCUUGGCGGUAUGUCACUCCACGGCGGAUUUUCAAAACGAGGCUUAAGUUCUCUAGGAGGGUUUAGAUUACAUGGAUAUAAGCGAGCUCUCAGCAACCUUGGUGGAAUGAACCUUUACAACUUUAAAAGAUCUCUUAAUGACUUAGAGGAAAACAAUAACUCGGAAUCCCCUUACGAUAAUCUUGAAUCGAGUGACGUUAUGUCCGGUACCAUGGACGCGUCGAAACAUAAGCGAUCAGUUCCUAGUGAACCAAGAACAGACAAUUAAUCUAAAUCUUAAACAUAAAACUUUUUAAAAUUUUUCUUGUAAAGAUUUAUACAUAUCAAGUUUUGAAUGACACCAUUAAUUUUAUUCUUGUAAACUAUUCCUAAUACAAAGUGAAGACGAUUGCUUUAUGUUUUCCGUCCGGUCCGAGUUUUUGAUUUCUCCACGAAUACUAUGAUAAAAACUGGUAUAGAUCCAAUGAGUGACAUAUUUUGAUAUUUUAUUGAUAUUUCCUCUGUAACUGCCAUGUUAAUCCAAAUGAACGUAGAGAGGACACUGUUUAUUCACAAAGUUAAUCAAGCUGUAAAUAAAUUCAUACUUUUGUC